UGUUGUGGUGUGUUACAUGAUUACAGUCUCGGUAUUAGUUCUUAUUUUCAUAUUCAGCUAUGGAGAGUAGACAUAGUCGGGGACGGGGUGGUCAUUGGAAAAGAGGAGGUGGAGGUAGAGGUGAAGGUGAGGGGGACACUGGCAGUUCGGGAGAGCACAGGGGUCGCGGAAGAGGGGGCCAGCAUCGUGGAAGAGGCAAACGGGACCAUCGUAGAGGAAGAGGGCGCGAAUAUGGACCUCCCGCAGACUUUAGAGAGUUUCGACGAAAUCAAGAUGACCAUGACAACAAAGAAAACUUUGAGGAAGUAGAGGAGCACAACACCUUCUCUCGACGAAAGCUUGAGCCCAACUGGGACCGUUAUGAGGAAUCGGAGAAAGAGGAAAUUAAUGAAGAUGUACCGACACAAAGAGGCACAGACUAUCAUGUCCUCCUCACUUCAGCUGGGGACUCCUUCACACAGUUCAGGUUCUCUGAUGAGAAGGACUGGGACAUGGACUCACUGGCAAAAAAUCAGAUUCCAGCUCUUUUUAUUGACCUGCCAGCUUUAACUCAGUCACUUCAAGAGCUUCCACUGCACACCAGACUGAACCUGGAGGCUGAGCUUGUUCAGGUGACGACUCCUGUUGAACUGCCGCCCGUGACAGUCCCUCACAGAACCGACUCGACACCGACAGCUCCUCAGGCAGGCCGAGAGUCAGGCCUGGGCAUUUCCUGCAGUGUAAAGCCUGUUUCAAGUACCACAGCGUCACUCUGUGUCUCCACAGCCGUCCCUGCGGCCACUGAUGAUGCUGACCAGGAGCUCGACCUUCUCCUCAGCUUGCAGAGACCCGUCACAGAACUUUCUUCAGUACAAUCCCAUGCUACAGAUGAUGCGCUGAACACCCCAAUACAAGGUUCAGAGGAAGAAGAUCAAACCGUUGUUAUGAAAGAGACAAAGCCAGAAGUGCAGAGUGAACCUGAACCCACGAGGCAGGAAGUGACAGAAGAGGAUCUGGAGGACUGGUUGGACAGCAUGAUCUCCUGACCUGAGAGAAGCACUUUCUCCCUGCUGACUGACACGGCUGUGGAUUAGAUCAGCACAUGCAGCUUUAGUAAUGCUGACAGCGUUACUUCUGUGUGGACGUCUACAUCAUACUCGGACACUUCAUGAAGUCUUAUAAUAACCAAGGCUAAUUCAGUCGUGUGGAAUAUAAAUGCUCCAUCAAUAUAGAACUCCUAAAAAUGC